UUAAAUGUGUGGGAUUCUCUUAUAGACCCAACCAUAUGGACACCUCCAGGACAGAACCAAAGCUGGGUUUCUGAAUUUAUCCUGCUUGGCUUCUCUGGCGAUCCCACGUUCAACAGGAUCCUCUUCAUUUCCUUCCUUCUCCUUUACCUGAGCUCAGUCCUGGGCAAUGGACUCAUCGUCGCCCUGAUCUGCCUGGACAUACAGCUUCACACACCCAUGUACUUCUUCCUCUGCACCCUCUCCCUGCUAGAUAUGGGCUGUGUCACCACUACCAUGCCCCAGAUGUUGGUGCAUCUCCUCGCUCGCUCUCAGACCAUCUCCUUUGCCAGCUGUUGGCUGCAGAUGUAUGUGUUUGGUGCCUUGGGCCUAACUGAGUGUAUUUUCUUCGUAGUCAUGGCUUAUGACUGAUAUGUGGCCAUCUGCCACCCACUGCAUUAUACUGUCAUCCUCAGCUGGGGACUGUGCAUACGACUGGCAGCUAGGACCUGGGCCUGUGGUUUCUUCUUCUCUCUGAUCCAUACUUUCCUCACCAUGAGGCUGCCAUACUGUGGGCCCAACGUGGUCAACCACUACUUCUGUGAAGGCCCCUCAGUACGAAGCCUGGCUUGCAUGGAUACUCACCUUAUUGAGAUGGUAGACCUGGUCAUCAGUGUCUUCAUGGUUGUUGCCCCACUCUCCCUCAUUCUGGCCUCCUACAUCCGUAUUGGCCAGACCAUUAUCAAGAUCAAGUCUACACAGGGCCGCUGCAAGGCUUUCUCCACCUGUGCUUCCCAUGUGACCGUGGUCACACUCUUCUAUGCCCCAGCCACAUACAUCUAUAUGAGGCCCAACUCCAGCUAUUCCCCUGAGCAAGACAAGCAGAUCUCACUCUUUUAUAAUGUCUUCCCUGCCUUUCUCAACCCUGUGGUCUACAGUCUGAGGAACAAAGACAUCAAGGGGGCUUUUCUCAAAGUGAUGGGGUGGGGUAGGGUGCCCUGGUGAAUUGGGAGACAGGAGAGGCCUGAGGUAGAAUGUCCAAUGCUAAAGAAAGGCACAGCAUUUAUAAGGUAUGCAAACAACAUUGUGCAUUGGAACCAAUAUAGCACUUGGUCAGUGGAACAAAUAUGGUACGUGAAACCAACAUGACAAUCUUGAUGAACUUGCUACAUUGUGGUACAAUGACAAACAGCUGCAUAAUCUUAGUGGCUUACAACAGCAGAAGUUCAUUGAUUGCUCAUCUUCCAUGUCAGUUGUAUGUGGACUGUGGCCUUCUGCCAUUGGAUUCUUGGAUUCAAUCUGAAAAAGGAGGCUCUAUCUGGAAUAUCCCAUUCUUAUGACAGAGAGAAAGGCACAUAAAAACUCUUAAAGUUUCUGCUCAGAAGUGACACAGAUCUCUUUGCUGAUAUCCUAUUGGCCAAAGCAAAUGAUAUGGUCAAGCCCAAUAGGAAAAGGACAGGAAGUAUCUUCUUCCUACAGAAAAGUAACAUGUUAUAUGGCAAUGGGUAUGGAUAUAUAAUUCUUCUAUAGUGAGAGUGGCAAUAAUGGGGGUGAUAACAUUAUCUAACACAAUGGCACUGGAAUGAAUAGAAUACAUGUAAUCAACAUGAAACAUGGUAAUUGUAGGUGACAUGGUACAUGGACAUGGUAGAAGGCCAAGAUGAUGUAGACAAUCA